AUGUUUUCAACCUUGUUAUAUGCAAUUUGUCAAGGCGCGUUCUACACACAUUACAAUAUUUUGACGCAAAAACUCUUCUACCAUUCUGCCUUUUCGUUUGGCUACCAAUUCUUACUAUCGUUGUCUGUACAAUUUAUUGGAUUCGGAUUUGCUGGGAUUCUUAGGAAAUUUGUUGUUUAUCCAGCUCGUGCAUUAUGGCCAACAGUGAUGCCAACUAUUGCUAUAAACAAAGCUCUAUUGGGCAAAGAAGAGCACGAGUCUGGUAUGAGCAGGUAUAAGUUCUUCUUUUUGACUUUUUUCGUAAUGUUCGUUUAUAACUGGUUUCCCACUUUCAUCAUUAACAUUCUGAACACUUUUAAUUGGAUGACCUGGAUCAAACCAACUAGCAUUAAUCUCGCAAAUAUUACUGGAGGUGUUACUGGUCUUGGGAUUAAUCCCAUCUCAUCCUUUGAUUGGAAUGUUAUAUCGUUUAACUCUCCAUUGGUCUAUCCAUUCUGGUCUUACUUAACACAGUACCUUGGCUGUAUCUUGGCAGCUUUAAUCGUCAUUGCAGUAUAUUAUAGUAAUUAUAUGAUUUGUCAAUAUCUGCCAAUAUUUACAAAUUCUUUGUAUACAAACACUGGCAAUUCCUUUAAAGUUACUAAGAUAUUAGACAGCGACAACAAAUUAGAUGUGAAAAAAUAUCAAAGUUACUCACCACCAUACUAUACUGCCGGAAAUUUGGUAACAUAUGGCGCUUUUAUUUGCGCAUAUCCUCUUAUGAUUACAUGGUCGUUUAUUGUACACUCAAAACUAUUAUUCAAUGCUUUUAAAGAUUGGACUUUGAAUUUGUGGGCUUUAAGAAAGCUUACAACCUGGGCCAUCAUGUUCAAAAACAACUAUAGGCUUCUAGAUGACUACGAUGACCCUCAUUCUAAUGCAAUGAAAAACUACAGAGAAGUUCCAGAUUGGUGGUAUUUUGCAAUAUUGAUAGCUUCACUCAUUGUAGGUAUAGCUGUUGUAGAGCACUACCCAACCAAUACACCUGUUUGGGGUCUCUUUGUCUCCUUAGGUUUCAAUUUUGUCUUCCUGAUCCCAACCACUAUCUUACAAGCAACCACCGGUUAUUCUUUUGGUUUGAAUUUGUUAAUUGAAAUGGUGAUGGGAUACGCUUUACCAGGUAAUCCGGUUGCUAUUAUGAUUUUAAAAGCUUUUGGUUAUAACAUCGACGGUCAAGCAGACAAUUAUGUUUCUAAUUUGAAAAUUGCACACUAUUGUAAAAUUCCGCCAAUGGCUCUAUUUAGGGGACAAUGUAUCAUAGUUCUUAUUCAGAUAUUUGUUAAUCUAGGUGUCUUAAACUGGCAGAUCUCCAAUAUCAAAGACUUCUGUACUCCUCAUCAAAACGCAAAAUUUACCUGCCCUGAUGCUGUGACCUACUACAAUGCUUCCGUUGUCUGGGGUGCGAUUGGGCCAAAAAGAAUUUUCAAUUAUAUUUAUCCAAUCAUUAAAUGGUGCUGGUUGAUAGGUGCGUGUAUAGGUAUUUUAUUUGGUGUUUGGAAACGUUGGGGUAAAUUUUAUCCAAAAUAUUUCGACCCGAUGUUAUUCGUAGGUGGAAUGUUAAACAUGAGCCCUCCAUAUAACCUGAUGUACUAUACAUCGGGUAUGAUUGUUAGUUACAUUUCCCAGUACUACAUGAAGAGACACCAUUUGAAUUUAUGGGAGAAAUACAAUUACGUGCUAUCGGCAGGCUUUUCAACAGGCUUAGUUUUGUCAGCUAUUAUCAUUUUCUUUGCAGUCCAAUAUAAAGACACAGCUUUCAAUUGGUGGGGCAAUACAGUCCCAUAUGCCGGUGCUGAUGGGGUUGGCUAUCCGCUCAAAAACAUAACUGAUACGGCAAAGGGCUACUUCGGCUAUGCUCCAGGGCACUAUCCGUGA